AUGGACGCCCCACGACACCACCUGAAGAAGCUGAAGAAAAGGCGCUCCAGCCUCUUCGCCAGCGUCAAACUCAACGCAAGCUUCUCUCAGAGCGGAGAAGAGGACGUAAGUGCCUUCCCUUUUGCUCAGGACAGCUCCGUCAAAGCAUGGACGUCCAUGGACAAUUUAGACAAUCCUGCCGCAAAGCCAGAGAGGAAAAAGUCCAAAGAUGUAGGAAACAAGAAACCGCCCGCUGAAAAGCCUCCUAAGCCAGCAAUCAGGCACUCAUACAAUGUUAAUAUCAAUGUUGGUGGAAAGGUCUUUAUCAUUCCUAAGCACCUUGCGGCACGGCACCCAAAGACAAGAAUUGGUGCCUUAGCCCUGUGCACAGAUCCAGUGAAACUGGUAACCCUUUGCGACGACUACUCGGUGGUCACAAACGAGUUCUUCUUCGACCGGGACCCUACUUUCUUCCACUACAUUUUCCACUUCUACUGCAGCAACGUGCUGUGGAUCAUGGAGAGCUUGUGCCCCAUCAACUUCGAGGAGGAGAUGGAGUUCUGGGGCCUGCGCCUGAGGGACUCCCCGCGGUGCUGCCGCAUCCUGUACGAGGAGAAGGUGGACGAGAUCAGGGACCAGCUGAAAGUCACCCGGGAGCUGAUGGCGGAGAUACAGGUGCACCACGACGAGGACGGCUUCAAGACCAUGUUUUUUGGCGGCAUCAGGAAAGCCCUGUGGGACUUGAUGGAGAACCCGUACUCGUCACUGCCAGCCAAAGCCUUUGCUGUUUUCUCAAGUAUCUUCGUCAUCAUCUCCAUUGUAGCCAUGACCCUCAACACCGUGGGCGAGCUGAAGAAGUACAAGCUGUACGGCAGGACGUACAUGGAGCUCGUGGAGAUAGCGUCCAUCCUCUUCUUCACUUUCGAGUACUUCCUGCGCCUGUUCACCACCUGCAACAUCAUACAGUUCCUGAGGAGUGGCCUUAACUUUGUGGACGUGGUGGCAGUCAUGCCUUACUUCCUGCAGCUGGUGUUCGAGACCUUCUCCAACUCGGAGGACGUCAACGUGCAGGACGACCUCAAGACCAUGGCCAGAGUCAGCAAGGUCAGCAAGGUGCUGAAGGUCGUCAAGCUCAUGCGCAUCUUCCGCAUCCUCAAGCUGGCCAGGCACUCCACUGGCAUGCGGGCCUUUGGCUUCACCAUCCGCCAGUGCUUCGAGCAGUGCUGCUGCCUCUUCCUCUUCAUCGUCAUGGGCAUCUUCACCUUCUCCGCCCUCAUGCACUCUGUGGAGGUCGACCAAGUGGGCACGCCCUUCAGUAGCAUCCCGGAUGCCUGGUGGUGGGCAGCGGUGAGCAUGUCCACAGUGGGGUAUGGCGACGUGGUGCCCAUCUCCUACCUGGGCAGGUGCGUGGCGUUCGGCUGCAUCUCCUUCGGCAUCAUCCUGAACGGCAUGCCCAUCUCCAUCCUCUUCAACAAGUUCUCCGACUACUACGCCAAGCUGAAGGCGCAGGAGUGCACCUACGUCAACGUGCAGCGUGGCCUGCAGCUCAAGGAGCGGCUGAGGCGCCGCUUCCACAACUGCUGCGACCCUCCCGAGGAGGAGUCCGACGAGGAGCUGGUGGUCAGGCCCCAGACCCACCACGAUUACCGCAGCAACUGA